GUAGGCUGGAUACAGCAGCCGUUGAACAUUGUUCACAAGUAUGGCUCGUUGUCAGAUUACCUUUGGAGUAAGAGGAGAAUCACCACCAGGAGUGGUUUUUGCCUUAUGUGGAAGCUGCAAAUCUCUGGGAAACUGGGACCCACAAUGUGCAAUAAUCCUUCAACCUGAGGAUGAGGCUGGUGAUGCUCUGCUCUGGAAAGCUACGGUUGACCUCCCUAGAGGAGAUGAUAUUGAGUAUCGGUACUUUCAGGGGACCUUUUUACAACCCCAGACUACCGAUGGUCCUUGCCAAGUCAUAAUUCACAAGUGGGAGACUCAUCUACAACCACGAUCAAUAACCCCUUUAGAGGAUAUUUCUCUGGAUGAUGGAUACUUUGGAAUCUAUGAUGAAGUGGAAAGUGUUGAUUCUGGGUGGCUGACAUGUCAGACAGAAAUAAGACUGCGCCUGCAUUUUUCUGAAAAACCACCUGUAUCUAUAACCAAGAAAAAAUUUAAAAAGUCUAGAUUUAGGGUGAAACUCACUCUGGAAGGUUUGGAGGAGGAGGGGGAAGAUGACGACGACGAUGACAGACUGUCUCCUACAAUUCCACAGAAAAUAGCAAACACACUAGAGAUCUCCGUAAUAAGUGACACUGAAUUCCAGUCUCGGCAUUCUCAGCCAGAAUGUGGCUACGCUUUACAGCCCGACCGAUGGACUGAAUACAGCAUCCUUACCAUGGAGCCAGACAACCUGGAAUUAAUCUUUGACUUUUUUGAGGAAGAACUUAGUGAAGCAGUGAUACAAGGGGAUGCACUUCCGGGCCAUGUGGGCUCUGCGUGUUUGCUGUCGUCUACAAUUGCAGAACUGGGAAAGAGUUGUGGCAAUAUCACGCUUCCUAUCAUGAACAGAAUUUCACGAAAAACCAUCGGAAAAGUUAGAGUUGACUAUAUAGUUAUUAAGCCCAUUCAAGGAUACUCUUGUGAUAUGCAUGCUUCGUUUUGCAAAUACUGGAAACCAAGAGGAGGGCUAGAUGUUGGACAUCGAGGUGCAGGAAACUCUACAACUACCACCAAGCUUGCUAAGCUUCGAGAGAAUACUGUUGCUUCUUUAAAGAACGCUGCUAGACAUGGAGCAGCCUUUGUGGAGUUCGAUGUACAUCUUUCUAAGGAUCAACUUCCCAUAAUAUAUCAUGAUCUGACUUGCUGCAUUGCCAUGAAAAAGAAAGAUGAAUCUGACCCGUUGGAGCUGUUUGAGAUUGCAGUGAAAGAGCUGACAUUUGCCCAGCUGCAGUUAUUAAAGCUGGCGCAUGUGACUGCCUUGAAAUCUAAAGACAGCCAAGAAUCAUUUAAAGAAGAAGAAAAUGUUCCUUCUGACAUGCAGCCAUUCCCCUCUCUCCAAACGGUAUUAGAAGCUAUUCCUGAAAAUGUUGGGUUUAAUAUAGAAAUAAAAUGGAUCUGUCAGCAAAAGGAUGGGGUAUGGGAUGGUAAUCUUUCAACCUACUUUGACAUGAACAACUUCCUAGAUAUAAUUUUGAAAACUGUUCUGAUAAAGGCUGGAAUGAGGAGGAUUAUAUUUUCUUCAUUUGAUGCAGACAUAUGUACAAUGGUCAGGCAGAAACAAAAUAAAUAUCCCAUAUUGUUCCUAACUCAAGGAAGAUGUGAAACGUACCCAGAACUGAUGGAUCUCAGAUGUCGUACUACAUCUAUUGCUAUGAGCUUUGCACAAUUUGAAAAUAUUCUGGGAAUCAAUGCAAAUACAGAAGAGUUAUUACAGAAUCUGUCAUUUAUCGAUGAGGCAAUUUCUAAAGGCUUGGUUGUCUUCUGCUGGGGUGAUGAGGCAAAUGACCCAGAGAACAGGAAAAAACUGAGAGAACAUGGUAUUCAUGGUCUGAUAUAUGACAGGAUUUACGACUCGAUGCCUGAACAACCAAAUGUAUUCCAGACUGAGCAGCUGGAACGACUGAAAAAGGAGGUACCGGAGCUGAAAAGCUGCAUUUGUCCCACUGUUAGCCACUUCAGUACUAUUGGUCUAUGUAGAUGUUCCACUGGCUCUUUAAAACCAAGAAUGGCAGAAAGCACAGAGAGUUUCUAGCGGUC